GAAAGGCUGGUGCCCAUCACUCUCUCUCUCUCUCUCUCUCUCUCUCACACCACUUUCCUUCUCUCUCUUCCUCUCUCUGUCUUCUUCUUCUUCAUCUCUAAUGUAGUUUUCUUUUUUCUUUUUCUUUUUUUAACUGAAUUUUUACUCGCGCAAAGUGGUGUAUUUGGGGAAGUUUGAUUUGGGAAAUGAACAGAGGACAGUCACCGGAGCCUCUUGAUUUCUUCAUCUGGACUGUUGAGGAUGUUGGCUUUUGGCUGGAGACUAUAAAUCUUGGUAAUUACCGGCAAAUUUUUAAAGAAAAUGGUGUUAAUGGAGAAUACCUGGAAGGAAUGUCUAUGUUCACGACUGAACAGAUCCUUCGAUUCAUUAGACGUUGCCACAUGAAGUGGGGAGACUUUAUCACAUUGUGCAAGGAAUUAAGACGGAUUAAAGUGGCUUGUCUGAAAGGGGAGCAAAAGGUCCGGCGGCCUUGGUGGGCACCGGCUUGCCUAUCUGCAGUGUUCUUAAAAGUUGCAAAAUCCAACAGACAAUCAAGAGUUGUUUCCUUGAAGCUGGAACCAUGAUACAAUACAACAUCUGCAUAUGUGUACGUAUAACAAUUUUCCUUUUGCCUAGACAACAGAAGAUUGGAAAGAACUCUUUUUAGCCUUUUUUUUCUUUGGAUUCCAAAACUUGUUUGUUUCAUCUCCUCUGGAGAUCUCUUAUGUAGAAGGUCCAUGUGCACUAAUUUCUGGUGCUGUGUAAUUAUGUAUUUUCUCCUAUAUGAACGAAAUACGAUAUAUGUUGUUUCUCUUCA